GUAUGGGGGUCCGACCCAGGCCCAUUGGCGCCUCUCGAGUCUGAAGGCUUUCAGCGAGCGAGCGGCGCAAGUUCCAUAAGAAUCCCAAGGCUUUUGGCGGGAGACGAGACAAGCUCCCGGGCGAAGGAAAAAGAAGAGGCAAAAUGGCGGAAGGGGAGGAAGCUCGGGCCAUGGCGGCGGAGGAGUACCGGGUCUGGAAGAAGAACACCCCCUUCCUCUACGACCUCGUCAUCUCCCACGCCCUCGAAUGGCCCUCCCUUACAGUCCAAUGGCUCUCCUUUUCCUCCACCCCCUCCUCCCUCUCCUCCUCUUCUUCCUCCUCCUCCUCCGCCGCCGCCCCCGUCCACCGCCUCAUCCUCGGUACCCACACCUCUGACGAAGCCCCCAACUUCCUCCUGCUCGCCGACGUCCGGUUCCCCCUCCCUCCCCCCCGUAAGGGCUCCGCUCCCCCUCCUCCUGCCGCUGAUGUCCCCAUCCCGUCGGUCGAGAUCGCCCAGACGAUCCCUCACGAGGGUGAGGUUAACCGGGCGCGCUACAUGCCGCAGAAUCCCGCCCUUGUGGCCACCAAGACAUGCGGGUCGGAAGUGCACGUCUUUGACUGCGCCCGCCGCCCACCCAAGCCGCUGGAGGGGGAGACUGGCGGCCCGGACCUUGUGCUGAGAGGACACGCUACUGAAGGGUAUGGGGUUUCGUGGAGUUCUCUCAAGGAGGGGUACCUGUUAAGCGGGUCGUAUGAUUCCAAGAUUUGCUUGUGGGAUGUGGGUGCGACGCCGAAAGAGAAGGUUCUUGAUGCCAAGGAUGUGUUUGAGGCUCAUGAAGCUGCUGUCGAAGAUGUUGCUUGGCACAUAAAAAAUGAAAAUCUAUUUGGGUCUGUUGGUGAUGAUCAUCUAUUGAUGAUCUGGGACUUGCGCUCAUCUGCAUCAAAAAAGCCACAACAUUCAAUUGUAGCUCACCAAGAUGAGGUUAACUCUCUGUCCUUCAACCCAUUUAAUGAGUGGAUUCUUGCUACAGCAUCUGCAGACACAACAGUUAACCUGUUUGAUUUACGGAAGCUGACAACAAGUUUGCAUACCUUUUCUAGUCACACAGGACCAGCACUUCAGGUUGAAUGGAGCCCUAAACAUGAAACUGUUUUAGCCUCUUCUGCUGCUGACAAAAGACUGAUGGUCUGGGACCUUUCCAGGGUUGGAGAUGAGCAGGCAGAAGAAGAUUCAGAGGAUGGACCACCUGAGCUUCUUUUUGUUCACGGAGGCCACACUGCGAAGAUCUCAGAAUUCUCAUGGAACCCUGAUGAGCCAUGGGUCAUUGCCAGUGUGGCGGAGGAUAAUAUUCUCCAGGUGUGGCAGAUGGCGGAGAGCAUAUAUCAAGAUGAUUAUAGCACAGAAGUUGCUGAUGAACUGUAUGCUGCUGCAUAAAUUUUUUUGUGCAAUCUUCUGUAAUUGCUGUCCGAGUAAUGCCAACAUGCAAUCAUAUGUAUGGGAGACUUCCCUUGAGCUAUGAAUGCUUGCAUGCUUGACUGGCUAUGUUUAGAAUCAUUGGCGGACGCAUCUUGUGCUUUUUCCUUUUUUUUUUUUUGGUGAUGGUGGUGCCGUGGUGGUAUAAAACUGAAUGUAGACUCUGUAUACAGAACUUCUAAUCUUUCAGCAUUUUCUUCUUGUUUUUUCUUUUAUGCCUUGCUGCUGGCGACCCUUUGGGAAGGUGUGCUGCGGCUGUGGGUCCGAAUCUUCAUUUCAUGGAGUUAUUCCCAAUCUUUGGUGCUGAUUAUUCUCUGAACAAUGAUGGCCUUGGACUCAUUUUUGAUGGCAAUAUCCUUGGGUGCUUGCUCAAUUGUCUUCUUUCUUUAAAUUGUUAUAUGUAUGAUUUCUACUUAGAAGGGAGUGUAUCUUUCGUCUGUGCUAAUAUAUGUCCCAAAGCUGAGUUGAAUG